ACAAGCAAACAUGGGCGUCGUUACUGUUAAUGAUAUUGACUACGGCCAGAUUUUUGGGCCGUUCCCGACUCACUUCACAGUGACUGACCCGGCCUAUAUCAUUGGUAUGCUGACCAACGACAAGCAGCCGGAUGGAAUUGUCGUGAGGGUAGACGCAGAAGAACGCAGUGAUGGAAUUCGGGUGGUGGACUGGCUACCCUACGUGUCCCCCGCUAGAGAUGAGGAGGAACAGAACAUGGAAGCUUACCUGAAGGAAGGGGGAAUCUAUUACAGGACCCUUCGUAUUGUCAAGGCAGGGGAAGAACUGCUAGUCUGGUACAGCAAAGAUUUCACCAAAAUACUCGGUAUACCUGAACUACAAACGAACUCUAAAAGAGACGAUGAGCAGUUCAUCUGCAGUCACUGCGGCGAGAUGUUCGAUUUUCCCUAUCCUCUGAGGGCCCAUCUGAAAUUCAAAUGUUCCUUCACCACCGACGACACAACCCGAGAUCGCAUCUCAGCCCAAGUUAGACUCAACGGCGACCACCACCACCACCACCGACGCCAUGACAUCGGCCGACACCGCAAACAUAUAGAUGGCUUGCAGGACAAGUCCCAAUACAUGCUAAAUUACAUGACAAACAAUAACUCGAUGUUCACAAUUUCUGCAAAACGACCUUUAGAGGAAAAUAAAGACAGUAAAACACAGUGUAAAAAAUUUAUUUCCGACGCAGGUAAACCUAAAAGGGACUCGGUAAUCACCCAUUCAAUCGAAGAACUAAGUAAAAGCCAUCAGGGGAAGAGUCGUAGCAGUUAUGCUCAUGAAAACGGGCUAGAAUCACAUUCAGAUAGUGGAAGUGCGUUUAGAAAAGUCGAGAAACCUUUGAAUUUGAGCCCUGAUCAUAGAGUGUCGCCACCAACAUCUUCACCGUGUUUUGUAUCUAUGCCAGUAACAAUGUCCCCGCCCGACAGAAACGGGUCUUGUCAGUCAGCCGCAGUCUUAGCUUUAUCAGCAAAGCUGCCAGUGAGUCAAGGAAUGCACACCCUCAAGGUUCAUCGGACUCUUCAUUCAUCGCCUAUAAGCCAGCCCUCAACGUCUUCUAUGCCUCCACCAAUUCGAUCACCAAUAAAGUCACUACCAUCAGCGGUCCCGGUAACUUCAAUUCCUCAUCACAACCCCGCCAUGGCUGGAUCGCAAAUAAUGAGUCUGUAUAUGCCUAGAAUUCCAAUGAUCCCUUCACCCUCACCACUUGGCUUACCAGGAGGGAGUCUUCUCACAUCGGGAACAUCAAGAAUCCCCAUCCCACAUUCUGCUUUCCACGACCAAAUUCCCCAAGGACUGUUAGAGAUGUGUAGAGCUGCAAUCCCAACAGUUGGACCAUUAACGGAAUCUUUUGCAGCGAACAUCAGAAACAGCGAGACGCUGGCCAAGCAAGCGCUGUUUGCUGACAGGCACAUAUCUACCUUGGGCUUCCUCAAGAGCACUAACCCUAUGGUGGAGAAGCUUCUCCAAUGUACCAAUCCAACAUUGCUCUCAUCGCCCAUCAAUGCCCUCAACUUGUCCCAGAACUGGUGCGCUAAAUGUAACGCAACAUUCAGAAUGACCUCCGAUCUUGUCUACCAUAUGAGAUCGCAUCAUAAACGAGAAUUCGACCCGCUGAAGCGCAGACGGGAAGAGAAACUCAAAUGCAACAUAUGUAACGAGACUUUCAGAGAAAGACAUCACCUAACCAGACACAUGUCUUCUCACGCUUGA